GUCGGCGUGUUUGUCUUGACUUCAAACAGGAUGUUCCCUGAGGGAGCGCGUGAGGGAGAGCGUGAGGGGGAGGGGGAGAGGGAGGGGAGGGGAGCAUGGAGAGACACAGGGGGGGCAAAUACACACAGCUAUGAUCUACUUAAGCCAACCCAAUAUUCCCAGCUGCUCCUCUUCCUUCCCAAGCUGCUAUCUUCAAUCGGCCUCGCUCUCCAUAUUCUUGACUCACUUCAGCAUCCCAAUUCUCUCACCCCCAGUAUGAGAGAAUAUCAUGGCUUCUCUUGGUGGUAACACUUCGCCCCCUGAGAACAUCAUUAGCCCCCAAGUCUUUGUUGCUGGCCUUGCCGGCGUGGUAUUGUUUACCAUUGGCUUCUGCCAGCUCUCGGCCAAGCCCUCUGAGAGACGUCCGCGGGAUGGCGGCGACGACGAGCCGGGCAUCGUCAGGUCGAUCUUGCUGUUCUGCUAUUCUUGCUUCUUGAAGCCGCAUUCGCGUACCGCCAAUGGAGGCCAGCAGGGUGCUCUGGAAUCGUUCUACGCCAGCCAGGCGGAUGCGGUACGUCCCGCUCUUGUUGGAGACCCGGGCUCCAGCGCCAAAAACCGCUGACGGAAUGACCAGUA